UGAAGUCCGGUCCAAUUUCGACUUCCAACGAUAAUUUAAAAUUUUCCCAAAUCUUUUGUUUCAUCGUACAAUUCACGUCGAGGAAGAAGACGAUUUUUCUCCUCCGACCACCAUCUAAUCGGAUCUCCGGCAAUGUAUAGGGCCUUGGUAGGCCCGUCUGAUUCUCUGGUGAUUAUGAUGUUCACCAUUAAAGAUGCUUCUAAAUGGUGGCAUAUAUUAAACGACUCCCCUAUUUGGCAAGAUCGAAUAUUCUACCUUCUCGCUCUUCUCUAUGGCCUCGUGGCGAUUGUCGCAAUGAUGCAAUUGAUUCGAAUUCAGCAAAGAGUACCAGAGUAUGGUUGGACCACCCAGAAAGUUUUCCAUUUUCUCUGUUUCCAGGUUAACGCAGUUAGAUGUUUGAUUUUUACAUUUCGUCGUGAUAUUCAACACUUGAAACCAGAGAUUGUUCAACAUAUCUUGCUUGAUGUCCCAAGCCUUGCGUUUUUCACCACCUUUGCUCUCUUGGUUUUAUUCUGGGCAGAAAUUUACUACCAGGCACGUGCUGUAUCAACUGAUGGCCUUCGGCCAACUUUCUAUACAGUCAAUGGAAUAAUCUAUGCUAUUCAGAUAUCUUUAUGGGUAGUAAUCUGGUAUAAGCAUGUCCCUUUUAUGGUGAUCCUCUCCAAGAUGUUCUUUGCAGGGGUGUGUUUGUUUGCUGCCUUGGGAUUUCUGCUAUAUGGAGGAAGGCUAUUUUUAAUGUUGCAACGGUUUCCCGUGGAAUCAAAAGGAAGGCGAAAAAAGUUGCAGGAGGUUGGAUAUGUGACUAGUAUCUGUUUUACAUGUUUCCUCAUAAGAUGUGUCAUGAUGUGCUUUAAUGCAUUCAAUAAGGCUGCAAACCUGGAUUUAAUGGAGCAUCCUGUUCUUAAUUUCAUAUACUACUCGUUGGUUGAGAUACUACCAUCAGCUUUAGUUCUGUUUAUUUUGAAGAAGUUGCCACCUAAAAGAGGGAUAAAUCAGUAUCACAAUAUUCGCUAAGGAGAAUAAUAUAGGAAAUGCAUGAAAAUACAAACAUUUAAUUGAUGGAAAGAAAGGAGAAGGUGCUAUAUAUGUCCAUGGUGUCCAAAGAUUUUGAAAGUCUUAUGAAGUGGAAGUGGUCUCUGUGGUUAAUUAGUGGAAUAUGAUAGUGAUUUGUAUUGAUGGUUAUUUGACAC